AUGUGGUAUGUCAUCAUAGAUGAUCCCAUGAAGAUAUUAAAGGUUAACAAACACACAAAUACAACGGAGGGUUCUCCUCAGAUGAUGGAGAAACUCAAAUACGAGUGGACUGCUGAAGACAAGAGGAAGGUCAACCUCGACAACGUGGCCAAAUACAUCCUCUACAAAACUUUGGACAAGAACGUGUUCAGAAAGAUCAAAUCAUGUUCCUCUUCUAAAGUGAUUUGGGAGAAGCUAACUCAACUGUAUGAAGGCAACAACCAAUCAAAAGAAAAAAAGCUAAUGGUUACCACACAAAAGUUCGACAACAUCAGGAUGCGCUUAGGUGAGACUAUUACAAAGUUCGACGAAAGAUUCAGCAGCAUAGUCAUUGAACUCUUAACCCUGGGAAAGGUAUAUAACAACAGGGAAGUUGUUAUCAAAGCUAUGAAAGCUUUGCCAGAGAAUGGGAUAUCUAAACGAUGGCUAUGA